AUGGUCGGUGAGAUCGGAGGCAACGACUACAACUACGGUUUCUUCCAAGGUAAACCAAUGGAAGAAACCAGAAGCUACAUACCUCACGUUGUUGGAGCCAUCACAGCCACAGCUAGAGAAGUGAUACGAGCCGGUGCGGUUAACUUACCGGGAAACUUUCCGGUUGGUUGUUUUCCUAUUUACUUAACGUCUUUCCCUGUGAAAGAUCCAAAAGCUUACGACGAAAAAGGUUGCUUGAAACAUCUCAACGAAUUCGCUAUGGAUCACAAUAACCAACUCCAAGAAGCUAUAGCUUCUUUAAGGAAAGAGUUUCCUAAUGGGGUUAUAGUUUAUGGAGAUUACUACAAUACGUUCUACGUGGUGGAGGAUUUGACGAGAGUGUAG